UGCAAGCGCGGGCACUCCCCGGGCCGGCGGGAGGGACGGCGCGCCUCGAACUCCCGAGCGCGGCCAGGCUGGGCGCGGGGAGGCUCCCCCACCCGCACCUCCCGGGACCUCAGGAGGCUGCUCCUCCCCUGCACCCUGGACUUCGGCGGGCUCUCGCGCUCAGUCGCCGGCGUGGACGUCGAGGCGCACCUGCGGAGGGGGCACCUGCGCGUGAGGAGGAGCAAGGGCAUGGUCCGAGCCUGAGGGACCCGCGCUCGAGCCUGUACGCGGUGGCCCCUGGCUGGGGUGAAGCUCCCCCGUGUUUAUUCUUGCCCCGCCCUCGGGUGCGGGCUCCUGGCUGCAGGAUGAACUGUCGCUCGGAGGUGCUGGAGGUGUCGGUGGAGGGGCGGCAGGUGGAGGAGGCCAUGCUGGCCGUGCUGCACACGGUGCUCCUGCAUCGUAGCACGGGCAAGUUCCACUACAAGAAGGAGGGCACCUACUCCAUUGGCACCGUGGGCACCCAGGACGUGGACUGUGACUUCAUCGACUUCACCUAUGUGCGGGUCUCCUCUGAGGAGCUGGACCGGGCCCUGCGCAAAGUUGUGGGGGAAUUCAAGGAUGCGCUGCGCAACUCCGGGGGUGAUGGGCUGGGGCAGAUGUCCCUGGAGUUCUACCAGAAGAAGAAGUCUCGCUGGCCUUUCUCGGACGAGUGCAUACCCUGGGAAGUGUGGACGGUGAAGGUGCACGUGGUUGCCCUGGCCACAGAGCAGGAGCGGCAGAUCUGCCGGGAGAAGGUGGGCGAGAAGCUCUGCGAGAAGGUCAUCAACAUUGUGGAGGUGAUGAACCGGCACGAGUACCUGCCCAAGAUGCCCACGCAGUCGGAGGUGGACAACGUGUUUGACACAGGCUUACGGGAUGUGCAGCCCUACCUCUACAAGAUUUCCUUCCAGAUCACUGAUGCCCUGGGCACCUCGGUCACCACCACCAUGCGCAGGCUUAUCAAAGACACCCUUGCCCUCUAGGCCUUAACUGGGGCUGCGGGUUCUCCUGGAUGGCUUGUAGACCUUGGCUUCCGGGGAUCGUACUGUGGGGCCCUUGGGGCUCUGGAACGUGCUCCGGGUCCUUGAUGAGACUUGGAAUGGCCACCCCUGGCUUCCUUGUUUUGUGGCUGCCAGUCUUUGGUCAUCUCUUUAACCUUUGCUAAUGGUCAAGUCUGGCCUUCACUGUCUCUCUGCACCUGUGGGGGUCCCCCUUCCUCCACUGUAUGGAAGAGCCAUAGCUAGGAUGGUGAAUAAAGUUGAGAAUGUA